AUGCAUCAAGACCAUAACUUUCCAACUCGCUCUUUGACUCAGUCUCCUCAUGCUACUGCUGCCACUCGCUGGACUCGAGGGGAGGACAAGAUUUUUGAACAGGCUUUACUUGUCUUUCCCGAGGAGUCGCCAGAUCGGUGGCAGAGUAUUGGAAACUAUGUCGGGAAAUCGGCGUGGGAAGUUAAAGAACAUUACGAUAUUUUGAUUCAUGAUGUCUGUGAGAUUGAUUCUGGUCGAAUUGAAUUGCCAAGUUAUAGGGACGAUGAAGCUGUGAAUUGGGAUGCCGGCGGUGGUGGCGGGAUGGUCGCGGCGGCCCCGGCGGGUCAGAUUUCGUUUGGCGGCAAGCCAAAGCAAGAAGCGGAACGAAAGAAAGGCACUCCUUGGACGGAAGAGGAACACAACUAUUAUGGAAAUAUGAGAUUUAAAGGGUAUUGUUACUGUGGUGUGGAGAGGAAUUUUUGUAUGGAGAAAGGAAUGGUUGGGAAGGGAAACCCUAGAGAGCGGUCAUAUAAAUUUGGCAAGGGUGAUUGGAGGAGCAUCUCAAGGAAUGUGGUCAUUACCAGAACACCAACACAAGUAGCUAGCCACGCACAGAAGUACUUCCUCCGCCAGACUUCGGCGAAGAGAGAGAGGAAAAGAGCGAGUAUUCACGACAUUACCUCGGUGGAUAACAGGGCAGUUGCUCAACCAGCGGAUGAUAAUUGGACUACUCCACCCGGUCCUCCAACCGAUCAAUGCAGGCCACCGGGUUCAGUGAUGAAGUUUCCAGAGCCAGAGCCAGAUAAUCGUUUUCCGGCAGGGUUCAUGGAUGGAUUUCAAUGA